AUGUUUGGCGGGAGCAAGCAGAGUAGAUUGAGGAAAGCUCUCGGAGCUAUCAAAGAUACCACCACGGUUUCAUUGGCCAAAUUCCAUAGUGAAUAUAAGGAACUGGAUAUUGCUAUAGUGAAGGCCACCGAUCAUUACGAACGCCCUGCAAAGGAAAAAUACAUUAAAGCAAUUUUCGCUGCCGUUUCAGCUACUAGGCCUCGGGCCGAUGUUGCCUAUUUCAUCUAUGCUCUUGCACGACGAUUAUCAAGGACACGUAAUUGGGUGGUAGCACUGAAAACUUUAAUAGUGAUUCAUCGUGCUCUGAGGGAGGUGGAUCCUACAUUUCAUGAAGAAUUCAUUAACCAUGGCAGAAGUAGACGCCAUAUGCUUAACCUGUCUCAUUUCAAGGAUGAUUCCAACCUAAAGACAUGGGAUUAUUCUGCCUGGGUUCGCAGUUAUGCCUUGUACUUGGAGGACAGGUUGGAAUGUUUCCGCAUCUUGAAGUAUGAUAUCGAGAUGAUCGGCCCAAGAACCAAAGGUUUGGACACUGCAGAGGCGCUUGAACAUUUGACAGCUUUGCAACAACUUCUUUUUCAUGUUCUUGGCUGUCAGCCAAUAGGGGCCGCCGCUCAUAAUCUUGUGAUACGGUUCGCACUUUCUUUGGUUGCUCUAGAAAGUGUCAAUAUUUAUCGAGCUUUAAGUGAUGGUACAAUCAAUCUCAUGGACAAGUUCUUUGGCAUGGACCGUCCUGAUGCCAUGAGAGCUUUGAAUAUAUACAGGAGAUCCAGGUAUCAGGUGGAGGGGCUUUCAGAAUUUUAUGAAGUAUGUAAAAGACUUGAUAUUGGGCAUGGCGAUAUGUAUGUUAAGAUAGAGCAGCCCCCUGCAUCCUUUCUACAAGAAAUGGAAGAUUAUGUAAAUGAAGCUCCACAAGCUUCAACAGUGCGCAAAGAUCAGCAGAUUGAAAACCCCAAAGAAGUGUUGGCCGUUGAGUGCAAGAAAGCCCCAGAGGUGCAGCAAUGUUCAUCACCUUCUCUGCCUGAACCGCUUGAUUUGUUGGGUUUAAACAAUCCUGCCACGGUUGCAUCAAAAUUAGAUGAGAAGAAUGCCUUAGAAUUGGCUAUUGUUCCUGUUGCUGAGCAAACAACUUCUCCAGCUGCUUCUGUUCAAGCAAAUGGUACUACAGGCAGGGAAUUGGCGCUUAUCACUGCUCCAAUCUCGAAUGAUAAUGCCACUGCCACUUACAAAAUGGGCGGAGGAUUCGACAAGUUUAUGUUGGACAGCCUGUACGAGGAUACAUUAAUCCAAAGAAGCUACCAGAAAGUGGGCUAUAAUCCGUGGGAACCACCUCCAACAUGUAAUGUCAUGAUGCAUGACAGCUUUUAUGGCUCCAACACGGUUGCUGUUUCACCUUCGGUCCAGAUGUCCACAGCGGCCAGUCAGCAUCAGGCUUUUAUGUUGCAGCAGCCUAUGAUGGGUCCGCAACAGCCGCCUUCUAAUGCUUUUGGAUAUCCUUAUGGAGCCAAUGUCCACCCUUACUACUCAGGUAUCCCUGUUCAACCAUAUUCGGGCCUUAUAUAG